AUGAAAUUAUGGAUUAUUGCAUGUGUUUCUAUUGUUGGUUGUACUGGGGGAUUUGCUAGUACAAUUUAUUUUCCAGGUCUUCCUUAUGUCACAGCUGAGUUACAUGCACCACCUAUUGCUACUACAUUAACGGCAGCUCUUUAUAUCUUAUUUUUAGGUAUUGCACCUGUUAUAUGGGCAGCUAUUUCUGAAUAUUUUUAUAUUCGCCGUUUUUUAUUUUUGGUUGCUAUGUUUAUUUUUACAGUAACAUCCAUUGGUGCUGCCUUUGUAAAUAAUAUCUGGGCUCUUAUUGUAGUUCGUUGUAUUCAAUCAGUGGGUGUUUCUAGUGGUCAAUCUCUUGGAGCUGGUUAUAUUGCUGAUUUAUAUCCUAUUGAAGAACGUGGAGCUGCAUUUGGUAAAUACAUGUUUGGUGUCAUUUUUGGUCCAUUGCUAGGUCCAAUUAUUGGUGGUUUUCUCAUUAUGAGUAAUUUAAGUUGGAGAGCUACCUUUUGGUUUUGUUUCGCAUUUGGGUUUUUUAUCUUGAUUAUUACUUUUCUUUUUACACCAGAAACAUAUCGUGAUAAUGCUAAGUUUGAUGUAGAACUUCCUAUUGCUACAAAUGAAAGGAUAUCACUAUCAAGUGAUCAGAAUAGCAAGUGUGAUGAUGAAUCUAAUGUGUCUACUAUUGAUGAAAAAGAUAAUUCUAGUCAACAAUCUAUAGCUACUGUAAUGAAUGAUAAAAACCAAAUCGACAAGAAAGAGUAUCAAAAAACGGUUAUUAAAGAAAAUCAACAAUUCCCAAAGAAAAGGUUUAAUCCCUUUGCUGCGUUUGCACUUUUACGCCAUCCCUUUAUUUUCAUGUCAUCUAUUACUGCUGGUAUCUUCUUUGGUGCCAUGUUUGCGACUGAAUCUAUUCUUCCUACUGCUUUUAGUAAAACGUAUGGAUUAGUCUCAUGGCAAACAGGUCUAUGUUAUCUUGGUGCCGGUAUUGGUAAUUUAAGUGGAGCUCUAGUAGGUGGUCGUUUAUCAGAUCGUCUUUUAUUACGUUCACGUCGACUUCGUGGUGGUAUUCCUAGAACUGAGGAUCGUUUAACUGUCAAUAUUUGGAUUGCAGGUUUUAUUUUUAAUCCUUUAGGUUUAUUACUCUUUGGUUGGGUAGUUGAACAUCAUUUGAAUAUAUGGAUAGCUAUCGUUGCCUUUGGUAUUCAAUGUUUUGGAAAUGUCCAGGUAGUGACCACAGUAACUGCUUACCUAGUUGACUCUGUUCCUGGUCGUGGUGCAACUGUUACAGCUGCUGUAAAUUUUGUUCGAUUCGGAAUUGCUUGUAUUCUAACUAUCAUUUCUACACCCAUGAUUGCUGGUCUUGGUACUGGUUGGACUGCAACGUUGUUUGCAUGUCUUUCAUGGUUUGGUAUGUUACUUAUGUUGAUUUUAAAGAUUUGGGGUGAAUCUAUUAGACGUUUUAGUGGUUAUUAA